AUUGUUCCUGUCGCAAUUCCAACCAACCCGUCCAUCGUCAGCCAGAUACCAGCGCUCAUCCCUGUCGCAAUACCAUCUGGCUUGCCUGGCGCUGGCAGUGUAGUGCCAAUCGUCCCACUCGGUACUCCUGCUGUCACAAAUGGCGUUGUCAACCUGAUCCCGACAGCUGCCAUUCCUUCUGGCGUCCUUCCAACGAGUGCUGCGCCAAACCUUCCAAUCAUCGCUCCCAAUGUUCCAGAGGUGCUUAGCGGCCUCUCGACAGCUGUCAUUCCAACGAACGGUGCUAUUGGAAACCCCGCAAGCUUGGUUCAAACGAGCGCUCUUCCUACAAACGCUAUCCCGACAUCAACCAUGCUUAUCCCGACCAGCCUGCUUCCCGCCAACGCCAUUCCUCCAAGCAGCUUGAAUCCGGUCGGCGUCCCAUCUGGGCUUGUUCCAGUCAAUCUCAUCCCGAGCGGAGCCAUUCCGAGCACUCUCGUGCCCAGCACUGUCGUCAAUGUCAUCCCAGCUCCAACAGCAUCUAACCCGAUUGCUGUUGUGCCGACAAGCGCGCUUCCACCGAACGCCAUCCCCGCGAACAGCUUGGUCCCAGCUGGCCUACCAUCAGGAAUCGUGCCCGCCAGCCUUGUUCCAAGCUCAUUGCUACCGAUCAAUGUCGUACCGACGAACGCUAUUCCUAAUUCAGCGCUAUCUGGACUCAGUCCUAUUGCCGUUGUGCCAAGUAGCGUACUACCUAGCAAUGCGAUACCUCCGAGCAGCCUGAUUCCCGCCGGCCUGCCAUCUGGAGUUGUUCCGAUGAGCCUGAUCCCUAGCGCACUAGUACCAAGCAACGUCGCGCCUACGAGCAUCAUUCCAACUAGUGUUGCUGUUGUACCAACGAGCGCCCUACCCAGCGAUGCGGUCCCUCCGAUCAGCUUGAUU